GCGUGUCCGAACCGUGUCCGGAGCGUGUCCGGAGCGAUCCGGGCCGUGCCCGGUGCCGGUGUCCCCAUGCAGCGGGAGGUGGGCACGCUGCCGCUGGCCCCCGCCCUGCGCGCACGCCUCGCCGCCGCCGGCUUCCAGACGGCGCAGGAGCUGCUGGACACCGGGCCCUGCGGCCUGAGCAAAGAAAUUGGAAUCUCCAGGGAAGAGGCGCUGGAAGCGCUGCAGGUGGUGAGGCAGGAAUGUCACGGGGACCCAGCAAGGACAGCUGGGGGAUCAGGUGCCACCAGGAAAUGCACAGCCCUGGAGCUUCUGGAAGAAGAGCAAACCCAGGGCUUCAUCAUCACCUUCUGUUCAGCACUGGACAACAUCCUGGGAGGUGGAGUGCAGCUGACAAAAAUCACCGAGAUCUGCGGAGCACCCGGAGUUGGCAAAACGCAGCUGUGCAUGCAGCUGGCCGUGGAUGUCCAGAUCCCCGAGUGCUUUGGGGGCGUUGCUGGAGAAGCUGUGUUCAUUGACACUGAGGGGAGUUUUAUGGUGGACAGAGUGGUGGACAUUGCAGCUGCCUGUGUGCAGCACUGCCACCUCAUUGCUGAAGCUCAGCAAGAAGAGGAUCAUGGGAAAGCUUUGGAGACUUUCUCUCUGGAAAAUAUCCUCUCUCACAUCUAUUACUUCCGUUGUCGUGACUACACAGAGCUGCUGGCCCAGGUCUACCUCCUGCCAGAAUUCCUGUCAGAGCAUUCCAAGGUGCGGCUGGUGGUGAUUGAUGGAAUUGCCUUUCCCUUCCGCCACGACUUUGAGGACCUGGCCCUGCGCACGCGGCUGCUGAACGGGCUGGCCCAGCAGCUCAUCAUCACAGCCAACGAGCACAGGGCAGCUGUUGUUCUGACAAACCAAAUGACAACAAGGAUUGGACAAAGCCAGUCCACAUUGGUACCUGCUUUAGGAGAAAGCUGGGGACACGCUGCCACCGUCCGUUUGAUCUUCCACUGGGACAACACUCAGAGGUUGGCCACGUUGUACAAAUCACCGAGCCAGAAGGAGUCCACCAUAGCCUAUGACAUCACACCCCAUGGCUUCCGAGACGUGCAGCCUGCAGCUGCCACUGCCAGCACAGGAGGAGCUGAGCUCAACCCUCGGAAACGGCCUCGGACAGAGGAGGAGCAGCAGCAGUGACCCCAAAGUGACCCCAAAGUGACCCCAAAGUGAUCCCAAAGUGACCCCAAAGUGGGGUCAGGUUAAAAACCUGCAGGAGAGCAGGGUGAACGUGCAGCCAAAGGCAGCCUGAGAGACUCCCAACUUCAGUUCUUGCUCUGGACUUUAUUUUAAUAUUAAGACUGCAACGUGCAAAUUUCUGUGGCACAAAAUUUCUUUGUGUAUGGCAUAAUUGUAUUUUUAUAAUAAAAAUCUAUGUUUUCUAU